GCGACAGGGCGGUUGGCUUGGCAACGAGAGUAGUUGUCGACUAUUUUCACAGAUGCCAUGAAUAAGGCAGGUUUUUGUGUAUUUGAGUUGAACCAGCUGCGAGUUUCUACACUAAGACAGUGCUUGAGAUUAAAACUCGAAUUAUAGUGUAUGUUUUUACGAUGAGUGAUUCGUCUUUGAGCUCUUUGGGUGCUAAGGUUGUCGUCGCUACAUCCUACGACGAAAAACACCCACCAGAAAACAUCAUUGAUGGAAAUACUAAACAUUUGGACGACCACUGGGAUGUAUCCACAGGAGUUCAUCAUCCGUUUUCCUGAUCCCACAAAACUCACUGCUGUGACUGUGGACAGCUACAAUGUCACACAUCUCAAGAUAGAACAAAAUAACUCACCAAAUGCCUCUAACUUUGAGUCAGUUGCAGAGAAAGACUUUACACAGACAGAGGGACAUCUUCAGUCUAAUUCUAUUCCGCUUAAUGGAACCACUGCAACCCACCUACGUUUUAUCAUCACCUCAGGAUAUGAUCACUUUGUCUCUGUGCACCGAGUCAGUGUACAAAACUGACAGAUUGUUUAUGACAUUGAUUAAAGCUUCAUGAUGUAUUUUUUGUAGAUUUAAUAGCCUUAUUUAAUCUUUUUUAAAAAUACAAUAAAUGUUGUCAUAUAUCUGUUAAUAUAAAAUACACAUGUGCAAAACCACACAAACAUGGCUCCUCCUCAUGUCAGAUUUUUGCAACAGGGUCUGUGAGUCUGAUAAGCAUAUAUCCAUGGAUACAUAAGGUACACUGUGCAUAACUGAUGUGUGGUGUAUUUUUUUAUUUUUUAUUUUUUUAAUUAUCAUUCCCAUUGGAUUGCUGGGUAAUCCAGUCACUAUUCUGUAUUAAAUACAUAGGCAGACUUUAAUGGCUUAGAUUCUCUGCAAUUUAAUUAUUUUGCAGUGUUCCUGAACACCAAAACAUAAUUAAAGAACCACCUGGAUAGUGGUCGAAGCUAAUGGGACUAAUGUAUGUAGUUCAGGUUUAGCCACAUACUGAAAAAGGGAAUUUUCUGAAACUAGAUGUUGUUACCUUUGAGAUGAGGUGUCAUUGAUUAAUUUUGGCCUUGUGGUUCUUUAGUCAUGGGUUUUGGAACUUGGUAUGGUAAUUAGGUGAAAAUGAACACAAAUUAGGUGGAAGGAACAGGUUAAACAAAGGACAUGAAUGAGAGCGUCAGUACAGUUUUUUUUAAUGUGUCACGUUGCAUGAAUCCAUUUUCUCUGGCAUUUUCUCCCAAUGUCAUGGAUUCACAUACAGGACUUUUUUUUGAUAUUCCACAUUCAAUUUUCCCUGGUAAUUUUACAAGCUCAAAGUUGGCAAAGCUUUAAAAUAAAAGAGUUGGAUAGUGAUGAACAGUCACUGACAAGAGAACUCUGCAGAGUUAAUUGUCUAAUUUUCAGCAGCGGCCCCCCCCCUCACCCCCCCCCCCCCCCCCCAAAGCUUAGCAGAAUUUGACAUCCCCAUAGAAAUGGGAACUAUGGGUGAUGCAGCUGGGGGGUUGGGGGACCAGAUGGUUUCCCAGCCAACCAGUGAGUCUCUAAAGACUGCGGGCCUUUUCACACAUAAUACUCGAGCCAGCUCCUGUACUCAUAUCCUCGGCACUCACACACAAUCACUGACUUUUAUCUACCUUCACUGCCAUUUCAACAUGUCGGUAGCAAAAGGCUGAGCAGUGUGUGUGGACCCGUUGGGACUCCCUCCCCAAUUACUUUGCUGACUGCGGAGGAGCUUGGGGAUUUGCUGAGGCUGUGUUUGCUAUAGCUCGGUCUGCAUGCAGGGCUCUGAAUAAACCAAUAAAAAUAUAAAAUACAUGCCUGAAUAACUAGCCCCCUGAUAUUUUAUACCAGCUAAUUGCUUAGGGGAAUGGCUAGGAUAUAGCACAUUUGAGUAUGUGAGUGUGUAAUGAGUAAUGAGCCCAAGGAAGGAAGUGAUACAGUGUUAUUGACUCAUCUAUUAUUUACCGGUGUGGAAUAUUUAUUAUAAUGUUAGAGGUUAGAGUCGACUGUGAAAUGAAGCACAAAGUAACAUUCAUAGGUGUACAACUAGUUUUUACUUGAUGCUUCAAGAUGUAGAAUGA